AUGUCGGAUAUUCCAAUUGAUUUCACCGAACUUACCCAAUUAACCCAAUUGGGUAUUUCCCAAUCGUCUUUGGACUUCAAGUCUACCACUUUGGAGUCAGAUCACUACAUAUGUACUCGUGAAUCUGGCCCACUGGGUAACACCGUUGCCAUUGUGGAUUUGAAAAAUAACAAUGAAGUAACGAGAAAGAAUAUGACAGCAGAUAAUGCUAUAAUGCAUCCACAAGAAUUUGUCAUCAGUUUAAGAGCAAAUGGAACCACAUUGCAGAUUUUCAAUUUGGGAACUAAACAAAGAUUGAAAGCUCAUACUAUGGAUCAACCAGUCAUAUUUUGGAAAUGGCUCGAUAACCAACACCUUGGUUUAGUUACAGAUUCCCUGAUUUAUUUCUGGAAUGUGUUUGAUGGCACCAAUGAAGGUCCCACGAAGUUGACUGAUAGACACCACACUUUAAACAAUGCUCAAAUCAUCAAUUUUGUUGCUGAGCCAGACUUGAAUUGGUUUGCUGUAACUGGUCUUGCGCAAGAAGAUGGUAGAAUUGCUGGUCAUAUUCAAUUAUACUCGAGGUCGAGAAACGUUUCUCAACCAAUUGAAGGUCACGUUUGUAAAUUUGCUUCAUUGACUUUGAGUGGUGCUGUUCAACCAACCAAGGUAUUUUGUGUUGGUAACAAGAAUGCACAGGGGCAAGGAAAUAUGCACAUCAUUGAAAUUGACCACGUGGAAGGAAACCCACUGUUUCAAAAGAAGGCCGUUGAUAUUUUCUUCCCACCGGAUGCAAGUAAUGAUUUCCCCAUUAGUUUGCAAGCUUCAAACAAGUAUGGAAUUAUUUACAUUUUGACAAAGUAUGGGUUUAUCCACUUGUAUGAUAUGGAAACGGGCUCCAAUUUGUUUGUCAAUAGGAUCACUGCUGACCCCGUGUUCACUGCAUCCAGCUACAAUGACGGAACUGGAUUGUUGACCAUUAACAAAUCAGGUCAAGUGUUGAGUGUUGAAGUUAGCAAAGACAAGAUUAUCCCAUACGUGUUGGAAAAAUUGUCGAAUGUGUCAUUGGCCAUUUCCUUGGCCAGUCGUGGUGGGUUCCCUGGAGCUGAGAAUUUGAUUAACCAACAAUUUCAAUCAUACUUGAAUCAAGGGGACUACACCAAUGCUGCCAAAGUUGCUGCCUCUUCUGAGCAGUUGCGUACACAAGAUACCAUCAACAAGUUGAAGCAUAUUACCCCACAACCGGGACAAAUUUCGCCAAUCUUGCAAUAUUUCUCAACCUUGUUGGACAGGGGUACCUUGAACAAGUACGAGUCUAUUGAGUUGGCUAAACCCGUAUUGCAACAGGAUCGUAAACCCUUGUUUGAGAAAUGGUUAAAGGAGAAUAAGUUGACGUCAUCUGAAGAGUUGGGUGACAUUGUUAAAUCUUAUGGCGAUGCGGCAUUGGCGUUAGCAGUGUAUAUCAGAGCCAAUGUCAAUAUCAAGGUUGUGUCUUGCUUGGCAGAAUUGGGACAAUUUGACAAGAUCUUACCAUAUUGUCAAAAAGUUGGUUACAACCCUGAUUACACCAAUUUGAUUCAAAAUUUGGUUAGAGUCAACCCCGACAAGGCUAGUGAAUUUGCUACUUCGUUGUUAUCUGGUGAUACACAAUUGAAUGUGGAACAAAUUGCCGACUUGUUCUUUUCCCAAAAUUAUAUUCAACAAGGAACAGCAUUUUUGUUGGAUGCAUUGAAGAAUGACUCACCAUCCGAGGGCCAUUUGCAAACCAAGGUUUUGGAAAUCAACUUGUUGCACGCACCACAAGUUGCUGAUGCCAUUUUAGGAAACCAAAUGUUUAGUCACUAUGAUAAGCCCACAAUUGGUAAGUUGUGUGAAAAAGCUGGGUUAUAUCAAAGAGCAUUGGAGCACUAUGAUGAUUUGAAGGAUAUCAAGAGAGUUAUUGUUCACACCAAUGCUUUGCCCAGUGAUUGGUUGGUGUCAUACUUUGGUCAAUUGAAUGUCGAUCAAUCGCUUGCUUGUUUGAAGGAGUUGUUUAGUCACAAUUUGCAACAGAAUUUGCAAGUGAUUAUUCAAGUUGCCACAAAGUAUUCCGACUUGCUUGGUGCUAAAAAGUUGAUCAAAUUGUUUGAAGAUUACAAGUGCACUGAAGGGUUGUAUUAUUACUUGAGUUCUGUUGUCAAUUUGACCCAGGACCCCGAUGUUGUUUUCAAGUAUAUUCAAGCAGCCGCUAAAAUUGGUCAAACUAAGGAGAUUGAAAGAGUUGUUAGAGAUAACAAUGUUUACAAUGGUGAAAAAGUGAAAAAUUUUUUAAAGGAAGCCAAUUUGGAAGAUCAGUUGCCCUUGGUUAUUGUUUGUGAUCGAUUUGGAUUUAUUCAUGACUUGAUUUUGUACUUGUACAAGAACAAACAUUUCAAGUUUAUCGAGGUCUAUGUUCAAUCAGUUAACCCGGAAAACACACCUCAAGUUGUUGCUGGAUUAUUGGAUGUCGAUUGCGACGAAUCCAUCAUUAAGAACUUGUUGAUGUCCGUAUUGGGUAGAGUUCCAAUCAAGCCAUUGGUUGAGGAAGUUGAAAAGAGAAACAGAUUAAAGAUUUUGUUGCCUUAUUUGGAAAAAACUUUGGAAGGUGGAUCCAAUGAUCAAGAGGUUUACAAUGCUUUGGCCAAGAUCUAUAUCGAUUCGAACAACUCACCUGAAAAGUUUUUGCAAGAAAACAACAAUUAUGAUACUUUGACUGUUGGUAAGUAUUGUGAAAAGAGAGAUCCAUACUUGGCUUACAUUUGUUAUGCCAAAGGUGGUAAUGAUGACGCAUUGAUUGAAGUCACAAACGAAAACAAAAUGUACAAGUACCAAGCAAGAUAUUUGUUGCAGAAAUCUGAUCUUGAUUUGUGGAACAAGGUGCUUUCAUCUGACAAUGUUCACAGAAGACAAUUGGUUGACCAGGUAAUUUCCACCGGUAUUCCCGAAUUGGAUGACCCUGAACCAAUCUCAAUCACCGUCAAGGCUUUUAUGGAGAACGAAUUACCUGAAGAAUUGAUGGAACUUUUGGAAAAGAUCAUUUUGGAACCAUCUGCCUUUAGUGAAAAUGCAUCGUUGCAAGGAUUGAUGAUUUUGACCGCCAUCAAGGCUGACCCAUCGAAAGUAUCCAACUAUAUUGAAAAACUUGACAAGUUUGAUCCUCAAGAGAUUGCACCCUUGUGUAUUGACAAUGGUCUCAAUGAAGAAGCUUUUGAAGCGUAUGAUAAAUUUGAAUUGAGAACUGAUGCUAUGAGAGUUUUGAUUGAGGAUGUGGUUUCAUUAGAUAGAGCAGAACAGUAUGCUGAAAAGUAUGACACAUCUGAAUUGUGGUAUCAACUUGGUACUGCACAAUUGGAUGGAUUGCGUAUCCCAGAAGCCAUUGAUUCUUAUGUCAAGUCCAAGAAUCCAGAAAAUUAUGCUCAAGUGAUUGAAAUUGCUGAGCAUGCUGGUAAAGAGGAAGAAUUGUUGCCCUUUUUGGAAAUGGCUAGAGAAACUUUGAGAGAGCCAGUUAUUGAUGGUGCUUUCAUCAAUGUUUACGCAUCGUUGGACAGAUUGAAUGAUAUGGAAAACUUUGUGUCUGGAACUAAUGUUGCUGAUUUGGAAGCCAUUGGUGAUAAGUUAUUUGAAGCUAAGAAUUACAAGGCAGCCAAAAUUUUGUACAGCAAUGUUUCCAAAUAUUCCAAGCUUGCUACUACUUUGGUUUACCUUGGCGAUUACCAAGCUGCUGUCGAUUGUGCCAGAAAGGCAUCCAACACUGAAGUUUGGAAGCAAGUCAAUAAUGCUUGUAUUGAAAACAAGGAGUUUAGAUUGGCACAAAUUUGUGGGUUGAAUUUGAUUAUUGAUGCUGAAGAGUUGCCCGAAUUGGUCAAGACCUACGAGUACAAUGGAUAUUUCACCGAAUUGAUUGCUUUGUUUGAAAGUGGAUUGGGUUUGGAAAGAGCUCACAAGGGUAUGUUUACUGAGUUGGCCAUUCUUUACUCCAAAUACAGUCCUGAAAAGGUCAUGGAGCAUUUGAAAUUGUUUUGGUCAAGAAUCAAUAUCCCCAAAGUUAUCACUGCGUGCGAGGAGGCACACUUGUACCCUGAAUUGAUUUUCCUUUAUUGCCAUUACGAAGAAUGGGAUAAUGCUGCAUUGACAAUGAUUGAUAAAUCUGAAGUUGCAUUUGACCAUGCUUCAUUUAAGGAGAUCAUUGUGAAAGCCCCCAACUUGGAGAUUUACUACAAGGCCAUUCAAUUUUACAUUAAUGAACAUCCAUCAUUGCUUGUUGAUUUGUUGCUGGUUUUGUCACCAAGAUUAGAUUUGCCUAGAGUUGUUAGAAUGUUUGUCAAGAGCGAUAACCUUCCUUUGAUCAAACCAUUUUUGGUUUCUGUUUUGGACAAGAAUAACAGAGUUGUGAAUGAUGCUUACCAUUCAUUAUUGAUUGAGGAACAAGAUCACAAGGCAUUACGGGAUGCGAUCCAUUCGUAUGACAGGUUUGACCAGAUUGAUUUGGCAGAGAGAUUGGAAAACCAUUCACUUGUGUACUUUAGACAGAUUUCUGCCUUGCUUUUCGCCAAGAGCAAAAAAUUCAACAAGUCCAUAUCUAUUUUGAAGAAGGAUGGCGACUGGGUCAAUUUGUUGAAGGUUGCUUCUGGAUCAAACCAAAAAGUGGUUCAUGAAGUGCUAGAUUACUUUGUGUCCACCGGGAACUACGAAGCCUUGGUGGCUUUGUUGUACACUUGCUACCACUUGAUUGACUCAACUUAUGUUGCUGAAGUUGCGUUUGAGUACCAAUUGAGUAACUUUGUUGCACCAUACAAGAUUUAUAAGGAUUACGUCCAAGAACAAAAGUUGAUUGAGUUGUUCAAGAGACUUCCUAAUAAGGAGGAGGAGACGGAAGAGAAUGAACAACCCAAGUUUAUGCUUACAUAUUAG